AUGGCAAAGUUUGUUCAUGCCGAUGUUGUUGAGCAGAUACUCUUAAGGUCAGAAGUGAAGUAUCUGAUCCGUUUCAAGAGUGUGUGUAAGUCAUGGCAUUCUUUAAUCACAAGUCCUCGUUUCGUUAAUCGUCACCUGAACCAUAGUUCUAAUAAAGAUCGCAACGACAGUAAGAUUGGACAUAGAAGAAUUACUUUCGCAGAUGAUGAUCAUCGUCCUCGUAAUCUUGUUGGUUCUUCCAAUGGCCUGGUUUGCGUCACCUCUGGUUAUUUACAAUUUUCAGUAGUCAAUCCCUUGACAGGAGAGGUAACACGGCUGAAGCGUUCUCCUAGUCCUUAUAUGGGUUUUUGGUUAUGUUGGGGUUUUGGUUAUGAUGAAUCCACAGAUGAUUACAAGGUCAUCGUAAAAGGAAAGAAUGAAACACGUGUUCGGGUGAUGAGCUUGAAAUCAGAUGUUUGGAGAGUUAUUGAAGAAGUGAAGUACAAAUUUAUUACUAAGACGGGUAUUCUAAGCAAUGGUGCACUUCACUGGAUUGUAGAAGAUGAAAAUGGUAAGAAACUAAUUAUUUCUUUCGAUUUAUCCAAAGAAGAGUUUAAAGAAAUACCCCAACCUGAUGAUGUAAGAUAUGGAUGUAGUUAUAAUAACCACCUGGGAAUUGUCAAAGAAUGUUUGUGCAUAUUUCGUCGAUCAAACUGUUGUUCUCUUGACGAUUUAUAG